AUGGCUUGGGGUAUUCUUGAGGUAGCAUCGGGCCAGGGGCAUCAUGUCCCAGGCACUGUGCUUCUGGAGGAGCAGUCUGACAACAUCGUUGUCGGUCAUAUCGAGCAUGUCAAGAAAGUUGUACACAAGAACGAGACGGUGAUUCUUGUGCCGCAACCUUCAGAUGAUCCCAACGAUCCUCUGAACUCGUCCCUUCUGCAACGAGACCUUCGGUUCCUCCUAUUCGGUUAUUGCGGAGUUCUUAUCAUCGGGGGCAUUGGUCCUAUCCUGGCUUCCUUCGUACCCGAACUCAUGACCCUCUUCAACGUCAGCCUCGCCGAUGUUUCGCUUCUCACGGGCUACAGUCUCUGUGCGACGGGAGCUUCGGGUAUCGUCAUUUCUGCCGCUACGCGCAAGUACGGAAAGCGACCUACAUUACUCUUCUCUGUGGUCUGCGCAUUUGUCGGAACAGUUUGGGGCGGUGCUGCGCAGUCCUACGACUCUUUGCUGGGCGCCCGUGUUGUCCAAGGUUUAUCCGUCUCCAUGUUCGAGUCCAUCUUUUUUGCCAUUGUUGGGGACUUGUACUAUGUCCACGAACGAGGAUUUCGCACCUCUAUCGUAACCACAGUCGUUUCCGGAAUUUCGAACCUGCCCGCCGUUCUUGCUGGUAAGAUCACCACAGAUCUGGGUUGGAGAUGGGUUUUUUGGCUGCUCAGCAUCUUUCUCGGGGUUGGCCUUGUUCUGGCUGUGCUUUUUGGGUGGGAGACGGCCUACAAUCGCAAAGCCAUUUACAACACGGAUGUUGGUUCUCAAGAUAAUCUCGAGAAACUUGAAGCGAAGAGAGCUGCUAUAGUCGACCAUAUCGAAAGUCAAGUCGACGGCAUCUCCAAGGCCGAAACUGCGACCAGCAUCGCGAUUCAACGUCAAUCGUUUUUGACAUUGAUGAAGCCAUACUCUGAAACGUUCACCGAUGAGCCAUUGUGGAAGCUGAUGAUUGCCCCUAUCACGAUCCUGUAUAACCCUGUUGUCAUCUGGGCUGUUACGUUGAUGUCUUUCCCAACACUCUGGCUUGUAGCAAUCAACUUGCUCACAGCUCAAAUCUUCUCGGCCCCGCCGUUCCUGCUCAACACCACACAGCUCGGGUACUUUUCUGCCGGUCCAACCGUUGGCGGCUUUCUGGGCGCGUUGAUCGCUGGUCUGGUUUCGGAUCCUCUGAUCAAAUUCUUUUCGCGCCGUAAUCAGGGCGUUUACGAGCCCGAGUUCCGACUUUUCCUCAUUGUGCCUGGAUUUUUAUGUUCCGCUAUCAGUUAUUUCCUUUUCGGAUAUUUUAUCGAGCAAGGCAAGAGCCCUGUCGUAAUGUCAGUACUUUGGGGAAUCGCCACAGCCGCUCUGCAGUUCAUUAUGAUGGCGAUUGGCACAUACUGUGUCGACGCUUAUCGGGCAAUCAGUGUGGAAAUCUUUAUUGCCACCAUGAUCGUCAAGAACUUUGUUCUCUACGGCUUUUCAUACUUCAUUAACGAUUGGAUUGUGCGCUGGGGUCCAGCAAAGAUGUUUUAUGUUAUUGCCGGCAUCCAACUUACAUUAUGCCUUACUACUGUCCCGCUGUACAUGUACGGUAAGAAACUACGAGCCUGGUGGCACAAUGCAUAG